AUGCGCCCCUGUACCGCCUCCUCAUGCUGCUGCCAGGCCCGUAAUCUGCCAUGGGCCCCCGUACCGACUCCUCAUGCUGCUGCCAGGCCCGUUAAUCUGUCAUGGGCCCCUGUACCGCUCCUCAUGCUGCUGCCAGGUCCUGAGUGUGUCAUGGGUCCCUGGUACGGCCUCCCAUUGCUGCUGUCUCUAUCGCCACACUCUGCCAUGUGCCACUUUCAGGUCUCUCACACUGCUGGUGUGGUUUCCAUUUUUGUCAUAGGGUGCUGUAUGGCCUCCCAUUGCUGCUGCCUCACCGCCACACUGUGGCUCCACACUCUGGUUUUGGCCCCGUGACUGCCCAAAUGAUGUGAAGUGUGCGGUGAUUCUAAGAUCGACGGCACUCAUCUGCAUGUCAUACUGACUGACAGUAUUAUUUCUCUUCCCCAGCAGACUCCAAGGGCAUUUAAAUUAAAGGUACAGUGUUCUGCACUAAUAUAA